UGCCUUUUCUAAGAACUUUCGUCGUUAAGCAUGUAAAACGCGUUUUUUUUCCGUCGAGUGACUUCAUGUGUUGUAAUCUUCGAUAUUCCGGGUCAGGAACUGAAGAACAGUAUUCUGAAAAGGAAGCACUACUGACCGAACUUCUUGAACUGGUGCGCGAGGUCGGAUAUAAAUUUAAAAUUAGACGAAACAUCGCAGCGCAGGCUGAGCGCCAAACCGCGACCCAUGCACGAGAUGCUGCGUCUGCAGCAUUCUCAUCUACCGUUGAAGAGGACACAGAGCGUGGAGCCAGCACAGCAAGUUGCACCCUGCAAGAAAUUUAUUGUGCCCCUGAAGACAUUCAGUGGGUGGACCUAUCAGAACCGCCAGAGGAAAACAGCAUCAAUGAAAUAGCAGCGUUCUCACAGGACGAGGCUACUUCGAGAGCAGUACCGAACGUCCAAGGUGAUGCCGCACCUGAACUGCCAAGGCGGCAUGUGGCUCGCAGAAAGCGGGGCCAAAUCUCAACAGCCGACCACGCCUUCCUGGAGAAACGAUGGAAGCAUGAGCAGGCGCUGAAGGACAAAGAGGUUGCGCUCGAGAAGAAGAGGAUUGAUUUGGAACAGUACAGGCUGGCCCUCGAAAGAAAGCGCCUGUAGCGAGAAUCUGAGAUCCGCAUGGAGGAGCUCAGAGUGAGGGAGGAUGACCGAAGGGAAAGAGAAGAGCAGCGGCGCACAAAUGCUGCGCACCAAAGUGCUCUUCUGGAAAUUGUGAACAAAUUAUUUGACAGAUUGAAGAAGGAGUGAAUAAAUUUAUUUCACAAAAAAGCAUAGCUUACAUGGAAUAUACACUCGACACUCAUUUCGACUCCAACUGCAGCGUUAAAGUAAGAGAAACUCAAUGUGGGGGUCUGAAGUGUGAAAGUAACCAUACUAUUAAGAUGCAUGCUUCAGUGGGGGACU